CACGAUUGGCAAACCAUCAAAGAAGAAGCAGCUGUUAUUUGUGGUGUUCUUGGGUUUUUCAUCGUUCGCAACAGCUUUAAAUUGCGAUGCAAACCGGCUUAUUAUAAACAAAAGAUAUGGAAGACCAUGUCGAUCCGGAGCCUGUGUUGCUCUCCAAGCACGCCAAAAACCUACUGCGAUUCCUAAACCUCCUGCCUGCUCGAAUGGCCUCUCAUGAUAACACCAGGAGUACUAUUGUGUUCUUCGCUGUCUGUGGUCUUGAUGUGCUCAACUCCCUUCAUCUCGUGCCGCCAAAAAUGAGGCAGGACAUCAUUGACUGGAUCUACGGAGGACUAGUUGUGCCACGCGACAACGAGAAAAACUGCGGCGGUUUCAUGGGUUGCCGUGCUAUGGUACCAAAAAGUGAUGAUGCCGAUAUCUUGGAGUGUAUGAGGAAGUAUCAAUGGGGUCACCUGGCCAUGACGUACACCAGCGUCGCAGUGUUGGUCACGCUGGGCGAUGAUCUAUCCCGCCUGGAUCGCAAGAGCAUUGUGGACGGAGUAGCUGCAGUUCAAAAGGCGGAGGGUAGCUUUAGCGCCUGUAUCGAUGGCAGUGAAGAUGAUAUGCGUUUUGUUUACUGCGCCGCCACCAUCUGCUAUAUGCUGGACUACUGGGGCGAUGUAAACAAGGAGGCCAUGUUUCAGUUCAUAAUUCGGAGCAUGCGGUACGAUUACGGUUUUAGUCAGGAGCUUGAGGGUGAGGCUCAUGGCGGCACUACAUUCUGUGCCUUAGCUGCACUUCAUCUCAGUGGUCAGCUGCAUCGUCUGGAUUCCGAAACCGUGGAGCGUAUGAAACGCUGGCUUAUCUUCCGGCAGAUGGAUGGAUUCCAGGGACGCCCUAAUAAGCCAGUGGACACGUGUUACUCCUUCUGGAUUGGUGCUUCUCUCUGUAUUCUAGAUAGUUUUGAGCUAACUGACUACGCGAAAAACCGGGAGUUUAUUCUUAGCACACAAGACAAGCUAAUUGGCGGCUUUGCCAAGUGGCCUCAAGCAACACCAGAUCCUUUUCACACUUACCUUGGCCUCUGCGGUUUGGCGUUUACGGGAGAACCUGGUCUAAGUGCUGUGAAUCCCAGCUUGAAUAUGUCCAUGGCAGCCUACGCUCACCUGCAGCACCUGCACGAGCAAUGGCGAUCUGAAAAUGGUCGAGGCGAUGAAGACCUCGGUCUAAGCUCGGCUACCAAGCAACAACUACAUUUGACGAAAAGUAGCGGAGCGAAUUCCACUAAAACGACUACCUCUAACUCGCCAUUAAUCCCGGCACAAUGAUGGGAAUCCGCACAAUAUCGAAGGGAAAUGUUAAAGCACACUAUUGUAUUUUUAUUGGCCGCAUUUUAGCCACGCUUUUUUACCCGUAUUUUUAUGCGAAAAGCUCGAGCUUUUGGAGAGAAAGAUGAAUAAUAUGUUUAUUGUACAGCCUAAAUUAAUGUUAACAAUUUGUAAGAUUAAGCUAAAAGUUAAAUUAAAGCGUCCAUGCUGAGGCAUGUAUUUACAGCAAAAA